AUGUUUAUCAACGCAGAACCCCGAUUUGUCUCGAACGGCUUCGAAACCUUUGUCCCCAGCCAGAGAACUGAGUCAUUGCAUCAAAGACUUGUUGAGAUGACGAACAACGAUGUCAACGCUUGGAGUGUGUACCGGCCCGCAGCUCCUCCAGCACCUGACACCUGGGACCAGCACCUUGAAGACUUUGGCAGUAACGAAAACUUCUCAGUUCAGCCAUUGUACGGAGCAUACUUCCAGAACGUUACAUCUGGUCCUCAGAACCAAGUCACGGACAUGUCGAAGACUGCCUCGUACACGGCUUUACCGCAAGGGCAAAAUCAACGCAUCCGAAGGAACAUCGCGUACCAAGAUUCGACAUCGAACAUGAAUUGCUCGCAACAGCAAAGCCCAAUGCUCGGGCAUGAUUAUGCUCAAUUAAGUCUUGGUCGAGGGCGAGGCAGCUUUGCUGAGUUCUCCAAUGCUCGACACGUCUUCAAGGACUUCAAAUACCAUCCAUCUACCGAGGCAACAUACAAUGGACUCCCGUCAACUAUCUCCGACAUAUCGACUACUUCCUACUCAGAAGACUCAUCAGGCUUCAGCCGUUCAAUGGACAUCAACCGAACAAGCCCUGAUACAGUAUAUAACAGCUACUCACUGAGAACGAUACCAGCUAUUUCACAGAUGUCGGCGUCUGCGAGCAUGAACAACACCCAGCAAACAGAUGCAAGAGCAGAGUGGUGGCCUGGAAGCACAAGAAGCACUAAAGACCCGAACGUUACGGCAUAUGAUCUCGCGAUGACCUUUGAUAGUCUAGGAGGACCCUACCACCAGAUCGGACGACCAUCACAAUUAGAUAGUGCACCACCAUACCACCAGAUUGGACAACGACCACCACAAUUAUUUAGUGCGUGGAGCAUGACAGCAAGCUCAGCUCAUAAGUGGAUAUCGUCAACAGACCCUACUACUAUCUCGCCAAAAGCAUUGACGCUGAACACUUCAUGUGGAUCACUGGCAUCGUCGGGUUCAAGCCAGGCAUCCAUGCUUGCGCUGUCCGAAGCAAGCACGACUGCCAGCGUUGUAGAUGGUAUGGGCGACCUUUCCAGUCCUGAGAAUCUGGUCGUUGUUGAACCACAACCCCAACUUCGUCGACCACGUCAAAUUCUUCCCGAUUCAGGGCCUAGCUCCGAAAGAAUCGUUCCCGUGCUGCGUAGCCAAGACAUUCCCUCCGGCAGGAACGCGAGUAGAAAGACGAGAAAGCGAUCAGUUAAGGCAGUUGAGACGGAGAGUCAUGCUCGGAGGAGUAGUUCGCCGAGUCAUCUGUCUCCCACUGCGGAUUCUCAUGUUGAAAAGUCUAAAGAUGACCAUUCAAGACGGAAGAAAUUUGAAACAAAACUGACAGACCCACCAACACCAUCCGACUCAGUCUUGGAGCAACCGACAGCUACAUUGCAAGCAGCACAUCAUAGAGAAGCCAAAGAUGAUUUCCUCAUCAAGUCUAAGCUUGCUGGAAUGUCAUACAAGGAGAUUCGGAAGCAAGGGAAGUUCACUGAGGCAGAGUCGACGCUCCGAGGUCGAUACCGAACUUUGACGAAGCAUAAGACAGCUCGGGUGAGGAAGCCAGAGUGGAAUGACAACGACUUGAGACUUCUGAAGAGGGCCGUCCGGAAGCUCUCGUACGGUGACCCAUCGAAGAGCAAAGUGCCUUGGAAGCAAGUUGCAGAUUAUAUAUCCAACAACGGUGGAUCAUACCACUUUGGCAAUGCAACAUGCCGCAAACAAUGGGACGAGCUCCAAGAAUCGGGAUGA